AUGAACGAGCUUUCGAAUUUGUCGAGAAUGGAUGAAGACACUGUGCAGAAGAAAAUCGUGGAUAUUGUUGAGUAUCACGCGAAAUUCAAAGGGUGAGUCUUUUUGUUUAAAUAGUAAUACAUAAGGAGAAUAAAUCAUUUCCUUUUAUGCAGUUUGCUUUUCAAUAUACAGGGCGCACCAAUAUCUAUUGUCGUUUCAAAUGUUUCCGAUAUUAUUAAUGUUUUGACAAAAAAUGUCGCAUCUCUAACGUCAACUUUUCGAAUUUCACAUCAUGGUAGGCAACAAACAAUUGCAAAUAUAUUGUUAAAAACAUAUUAUGACACAAUUCGUAAUAGCUAUUUUUGUAAUUUGUUAAUGACCAUAUUUCAGGAAUGUGUAGUGAUAACGUACACUUUACUGGAAGUAACGACUAUGAUCGACACGUUCACAAAUUGCUACCUUGAUCAACUUCUUAUCGAUGAGGGUAACGGUGUUAAAAAGAUAUCUAAUGCGAUAUAUUGGUAUCAGCUGCCUGUGAAAAAGGCACGCAGUUUGACAAUGAUUAUUAUUAUUAUUACAUGGAAUCAUGCAAUGAAAGUCACAGCUGCAAAUAUAAUACAUUUGUCUCCAAUUACGUUCACUGAUGUGAAGAAAAAGAAAAUGCCUCGAGUAAGAAACGCGGAGGAAGACCUGAGACACUCCAUGAGAUUGUUGUAUCCCCUUUUAAAAAUAGUCGGCGCCUGGCCAGAUCCUGUCGCAACCCCCGUAUCCUCGAUUAUGCUCAAAUGGUGUAUGAUAUUGAUCUCGUAUUUCUUACAACUACUGUUACUGAUCCCGAGCUUCAUAUACAUAUUCGGCAAGGAAACGAACAGCAGGAAGCAAGUGAAACUACUGAUGCCUCACAUUAAUGGUUUGAGCCAGCUGAUCAAAUACACCAUACUGUUGCGCCGAUUGAAAGAAUUCCGAGAAACGAUGAAGGACAUAAGGGACGACUGGCUGAGCGCCACGGAUGAGAAUCGGCAAAUUUUCCGCGAGAACGCCAAAGUUGGAUACAAGGUAGUACUGGGAAUAGCAAUCAUUACGUACACCGGCGGUCUGUGUAAUCGUACGAUCAUGCCGCUCUCGAAGGGAAGAAUUGUUUUACCGAAUAACACUACUAUAAGGUUGUUGUCCAGUCAGAGUUACUUCAUAUUCUUCGACGCGCAGCGCACACCCAACUACGAGAUAAUCUUCACUCUGCAAGUUCUUGGUGGAUUCAUCAUCUACACGAUUCUAUGCGGCACCAUGGGUGUCUCUUCCUUACUCUGCAUGCAUAUGUGCAGUCUGUUGAGGAUCCUAGCGAACAUGAUGUCCGAGCUCUCGGAACAGCCCGACGUGAGCGAGAACGCCGUUCAAAAGAAGAUCGCGAGUAUCGUCGAAUAUCGGACGAAGAUCAAAAAAUUUUUAAACAACGUCGAACAGAUUACUCCCUACAUAUGUUGCUUCGAGAUUAUCAACGACACGUUGAUCACUUGCGCGAUCGGAUACUGCAUUAUCAUGGAAUGGGAAAGCAGCAACACCGCUGCUUUAAUUGUUUACAUCUCGUUACAAAUAAGUACUAUAUUUAUUAAUUUCACCAUGUGUUAUAUUGGUCAACUUCUUAUCAACGAAUCGAACGUCCGCCACUUUGAACUGGUACCGAUUUUCCUCGAGAAAGGCGCGAUGCCUGAUACCCGUGAUCAUUAUAUCGAAUUAUCGAAUAAAAAUCACCGCUGCCAAGAUUGUAGAGGUAUCUUUGGCCACAUUCACCGAUGUGAGUAUAAAGUAAUUCGAAUUUCGAAUCUACCGAUCUUCGAACGUCCUGCAAAACGAUUAUUUCAGAUCAUGAAGGCGUCAAUGGGCUACUUGAAUAGAAUGUCGCCGGCAAAGAACGCGGAAGAUGAUCUGAAGGAUUCCCUGAGCGUUUUGCAUUCUAUGUUGAAAAUAACCGGUGCCUGGCCAAAUCCUACCGAAUCCUUCUUGCCCUCGGUAAUCCUAAGUACCUGUAUUAUCUUUACAUCUUAUUUCAUGCAACUGCUGACGCUAAUCCCGGGCGUACUGUAUGCAUUUGUGAUAGAGAAGAAUGGCAGAAGGCAGGUGAAAUUGCUUACGCCUCAUAUCAACAAUUUGUGCCAGCUGAUCAAAUACACCAUACUGUUGCGCCGGAUGAAGGAAUUCAGAGGAGCAAUGGACGAGAUAAAGAGCAGUUGGUUGAACGCAACUGAAGAAAAUCGACGAAUCCUUCGUACGAACGCGAAGAUCGGACGAAAGGUGAUAAUAGGAGUAGCAGUCACCAUGUUCAGUGGCGGUUUGUCUUAUCGAAUAUUCACUCCAUUUCUGAGAGGGAAACUCGUCCUGCCAAACAACACCACCAUAAGAAUGCUAGCCUGUCCAAGUUACUUUAUAUUCUUCGACGAACAGCUUACACCGAACUACGAAAUAAUUUAUGCUCUGCAAAUUAUCGGCGGAUUUUUCACCUAUUCGGCUCAGUGCGCCACUAUGGGAGCCUAUGCGAUGCUUUGCUUGCACAUGUGUAGCCUAAUGCGCACUCUGACCAACAAGAUGAACGAGCUGUCCGAUCAACCUGACAUGAGCGAGAGUGCCGUGCAAGAAAAGAUCGCGGACAUCGUUGAGCAUCGAACGAAGAUCAAACGAUUUCUGACAAAUAUCAAUCGAAUAAUCCCGAACAUAUGUUUCUUCGAGAUGAUCAACGACACGUUAAUUGUUUGUUCAAUCGGAUACUGCAUUAUCAUGGUAACGUCUCGUGAAAAAUUCAAACAACGUGAUAAUCGUGUUCAUAACGAAUGGCAAGAUAGCAAUGGCGUCGCUAUAGUAAUUUACCUUGUAAUACAAGCAAGUUGCACGUUGAGUAACUUCGCGAUGUGUUAUAUCGGUCAACUUCUAAUCGACGAAUCCGAAACAGUUAGACGAACGUGCGCAACACUGAAGUGGUAUCGAUUCCCCGUGAAGAAAGCACGUUACCUCGUACUGGUGAUUACUAUAUCAAAUUAUCGGAUAAAAAUCACCGCUGCCAAGAUUGUAGAGGUAUCAUUGGCUACCUUCACCGAUGUAAGUAUAAAGCAAUUCGAAUUUCGUAUCUUCGGAUAUUCUGCGAAAAUGAUUUUUCCAGAUUAUGAAGACAUCGAUGGGCUACUUAAACGUAAAAUGUCCCUGACAAAGAACGCGGAAGAUGAUCUGAGGGAUUCCCUGGGAUUUUUGUAUUCUAUGUUGAAAAUAAUCGGUGCCUGGCCAAAUCCUACCGAAUCCUCCUUGCCCUCGUUGCUGACACUGAUCCCGGGCGUUCUGUACGCGUUUGUGAUAGAGAAAAAUAGCAGAAGGCAAGUGAAACUGCUCACGCCUCAAAUCAACAAUUUGUCCCAGCUGAUCAAAUACACCAUACUGUUGCGUCGAAUGAAGGAAUUCAAAGGAAUAAUGGACGAGAUAAGGAACAGUUGGUUGAACGCAACUGAAGAAAAUCGACGAAUCCUUCGUGCGAACGCGAAGAUCGGACGAAAGGUGAUAACAGGAAUAGCAGUCAUUAUGUUCAGCGGCGGUCUGUCUAAUCGAACGAUCACACCACUUGUGAAAGGGAGAAUUGUCCUGCCAAACAACACCACCAUAAGAAUAUUAUCCUGUCCAGGUUAUUUCGUAUUCUUCGACGAACAGCUUACGCCGAAUUACGAAAUAAUCUAUGUUCUGCAAAUUUUCGGCGGUAUCUGUACCUAUACGACAUUGUGCGCCACUAUGGGAGUUUGCGCGAUGCUUUGUUUGCAUAUAUGCAGCCUGCUGAGGAUCUUGACGAACAAGAUGAAAGAGCUUUCCGAUCAGCUUGACAUAAGCGAGAGUGCCGUGCAAGAAAAGAUCGCGGACAUCGUUGAACAUCGUACGAAGAUCAAACGAUUUUCGACAAACAUCGAUCGAAUAAUCCCGAGCAUGUAUUUCUUCGAGAUGAUUAACGACACGUUAAUUGCUUGUGUAGUCGGAUACUGCAUUAUCAUGUCCGAAACAGUUAGACGAACGUGCACAACACUGAACUGGUAUCGAUUUCCAAUGAACAAAGCACGUUACCUCGUGCUGGUGAUUAUUAUAUCAAAUUAUCGGAUAAAAAUUACCGCUGCCAAAGUUGUAGACGUGUCUUUAGCCACCUUCACGGACUCGCGUCGAAGCGUUCAACCAUGGAAAAUAUAUCAGAACGGACGAAGGCGGAGGAGGAUUUGAAGUACGCCACGAGAUACGUGAAGCUAUUUCUAAGGCCAAUCGGCGCGUGGCCUGCUUCACCUUCCUCCUCUUUCCUCUCGAGAAUUUUCCUCAGACUAAGAAACGUUUUAUCGUACUUUCUGCUGCUUCUGAUAAUGAUACCACCUCUCAUGCAAAUGUUCCUGAAAGAGAACAGCGUCAAGGUUAUACUGCGUAUUAUGGGACCGACGAUUAACUGCAUCAUGCAGUUCUGCAAAUAUACGAUCCUCUUGCGGCAAAUGGACAGGAUCGAGAAAAUUGUGAACGCGAUGAAAGAGGACUUGACAAGUGCAACGCAGGAGAACCGAUUGAUUUUUCGCUCGAAAGUGAAGAUCCUGAGGAGAAUAGUUGUAAUCGCUGCGAUCACUAUGUACGGCGGUGGUGUAUGCCACAGGACGGUUGUUCCUCUUCUCAGAGGGACUAUCGUCACUCCUGACAAUAUCACCAUAAGACCAUUACCCUCCCCGACUUACCUCAUAAUUUUCGACGAGCAACAGUCGCCGACUUAUGAGGUGCUGUUUGUGCUGCAAGUUUUCGCUGGAUUUGUUGCCUAUGCAAUUGUAUGCGGUAUCUCUGGCAUGUCCGCUCUCUUGGUUCUCCAUACGUGUAGCAUGCUGAGGAUCCUAGCGAACAAGAUGAACCGGCUCGUGAAGAAGGAUAUGCCUGAGUUGAUGGUUCAACAGAGGAUCGCGGAUAUCGUUGAAUAUCAGAUGAAAAUAAAGAGGUGAGUGAAAUUCCUUUCUGCGAGGAGAAACUUAUGAUUGCAGCGGAGUACGACACAUCGAUGAUUCGAUGACACGAAGCGGACGAAGUUUUAUCGACAAUGGCGCGUUGUACGGCCUGUAUUCGUAAAUUGAUUGCAGAUUUUUAAAGAACAUUGAAACGAUUACAGAGAACAUUUAUCUGAUCGAAAUGGUGGGCUGCUCGUGUCUCCUGUGUCUCAUCGGAUAUUAUAUCAUCAU